CCCACCCCUCCUAUCUCGCUAAACCCACGACCACACUCUCAUUCUUUCAGGUGGAGCUGAGCGCGCAGUGCCCAUUGUCACUUGUGCAGUUGUCUCUCUCUCGACAGGUCCACAAUGGUGUUCUACGACGAUGCCGUGUUCGCGUCCUUCGCGACUCACGCCACCGCGGUUCUCUUGAAGAUGAUGCUGAUGGGACCGAUCACGGGGUUCUAUCGCUUCACUCGCAAGGCGUUUUCCAACCCCGAAGACUGCAUGGGCAAUAAGGAGGAGGCAAAGAAGAGCCUGCGUACCGACCCGAGCGUGGAGCGCGUCAGGAGGUGCCACCAGAACGACAUUGAGAACAUCCUGCCCUUCCUCGGCGUGGGGCUGCUGUACGCGCUGUCGGGGCCCGACCCGUGGAUCGCGCUGCUCCACUUCCGCGUGUUCCUGGCGUCGCGCAUCGUGCACACCAUCGCGUACCUGGCGCCGCUGCCCCAGCCGACGCGAGCCAUCGCCUACCUGCUGGGCGUCGUCUCCACCUUCUCCAUGGCCGUGGCGGUGAUGAGGCUCCGAGUCUUCGUCUGAGCCCGGCGGUUGGGGUGGUCUCCCCGAUUCGGCUUGGGGGCACCAGGGUGAAGACUGCGAUUUGUGGAGGAGGCGCAGAGUGGUUUUAGGUUAGCCAAUUAAAUGAUCAAACAUUAACAAUAAACUAGCCGAAUCAUAAACUAGUCCUAACCCUCUCACAAUACUCAUAACUAGCUCACCAGCCACGAGUAGUAGUAUCUCUAUCCCUAACCAACGAGCAAUAGCCGUCUUGCUGACCAUAACCCUACCUUUAAAUCCUAACAAAAUUGCCAACCAGCCACUACCGCUAGCCCUCUCAAUGAUGCUACCUCCACCCAUAACUCCACCUCAUGUGCUUUACUAGGGACCCUCUUAAAUGUUUGGUUCACUUUUCAAGCGUUGCCCUCACAGCUCUGAGAGGCCGAUGAAUCUAGUAGUGCCAAACCCCUGCAAAAUACCCCACAAAAUACCCACGUGCAAAUCUCUCCGGCGUUCCCGGUGGCAGGGUUUAUACACAAGCUCUCCCUGGGGCACCACUAUCUUGUACGUCAUCAGUUUUUCUUCCGAUUCCAUUGAGAUGAUGUAUGUGUACGUUAUUUAAAAAAAUGGUAGAAAAAACUCAAAUAACAUAACUUUAUCAGCACCGAGGCUCCCACAAGGCCAUGCGGGAGGGCGUGUGGCACAGUUUGGCGCCAGCUAUCGUAGAGUGUGGUCGUGUUGCGUUCAGUUCUCUGCGGUGAGUGUCUUUAAAAACAACGGCGCUAUCUAAAUAAAAUGAACGCUGAACUAUCUUGCGCGUUCCGAGAUUCAGAGAUAAACGGGACUCGCCGUACAACUUGCAGACGUCUCGGAACGUGAAAGGGUUAAGAGGCACAACCCAAACUACAAAGAGCAAAAUUUUGACUUAAAACUUUCGUGACUGCAUGAAUUCAUAUUCUUUGGUUCUUUCGGUAAAGUCACGUAGAUAAAAUAAAUAAAUAAAUAAUGGGCAACAUAUUUUCUUAAUAUUUUUUAUUUUUUUAAAUAAAAAAUUAUUACAAAUUAAAGUAAAAUUUUUUUUUAAUAAAAAAAUAAAAAUGACAAAUAUUUUUAAUUUGAAUUUUUAUUUUCUAUCUACGUGACUUUUCCGAAAGAACCAAAUAAUACAAAGAGCUAUUGCAGACAUAUAUAUACCCAUACCCGGGACGUGUGUUCCUGUGGGGCUACAUGGGUGAGCAGCAGAGAGCAGUGCAGUAAAAAUGCAUUGUUGCACAGUUCUUCUAUGCUCCCAACCCGAGCUGGCCAGCCAGCAUGGUGCGGUUUGGUCAAAUAACCCCAAUGAUGCACCUGGCGUGGGGAGGCCCUCAUCUAGCAGUGGGUUGGCAAAGGAAGGUGGAUGUGCGUGUCCACGAGUGUUGUUAACGGGGCCACCCUCACGCGGUUUACUGCGCGUUUGUGCAAAUUCUACCGACGGCAACACCGCUGUGACAGUAAAUAAUCGGACAACCUCAAUCAUUUUAUAUUUUAAUUGUCCACGGCACGCAAUGUUGGAACCUGCCGGAUAUCGCUCGCGUGACCUCGUACGUGGUCUACGCCUGUGCACAGAGGUGUUUUGGUUUUACAAGCGUCGGCGCACCCUACCCCCCACCCCCACCCCCUCACAAGUCCGUUCUCUCUGAGGUUUCAUCUCGUCGUGUUACGAAUAAAUUCGUUGAUUGAUGGCG